UAAAUCGGUCCAGUAGUUCGCUUGUUGUAGUAACUUUAACAUGUUAACGUUGGUGUCACUGCGCAGUUGCUGACACUGAAAUGCUACCAUUAUUUUAUCUGGACAGUUUAUGCAGUUUACAUCUGUGACGUGCCGUUACUUUUAAACUAAUAUGUGAUAAAUGCUACGCAACGGAAUAGUUCAUGCAAUGUGCUGACGGCUAGAACUGGCGAGAAAAAGUAUGGCGGUUGUUAUUGAAACGACAAUUGGGGACAUUACAGUUGAUCUGUUCACAGAAGAAAGGCCUCGCACAUGUCUCAAUUUCCUGAAGCUCUGCAAGAUAAAGUACUACAACUUCUGUCUAUUCCACUCAGUGCAGCACAACUUUGUGGCACAGACUGGUGACCCCACGGGCCUGGGGAAGAAUGGGGAGUCAGUUUUUGGAAAAAUACGUGGUGAAGGGGCACGCUUUUUUGAAGCAGAGAUGAUCCCCAAGCUGAAGCACACUAAGCCUGGGCUCGUGUCAAUGGUGAACUGUGGCGAUAACAUGUUGGGGUCACAGUUUUUCAUUACACUGGGCAGUGAGCUUCAGUACCUUGACAAUGACCACUGUGUGUUCGGUGAAGUUGCAGAAGGUAACGACGUACUCCUAAAAUUGAAUGAGGCUAUCUGUGACUCAGAACAUCGGCCCUAUCAGGAUAUCAGGAUAACCCACACAGUUAUCCUGGAUGAUCCAUUUGAUGACCCUGUAGGCCUCCAAAUACCAGACUGCUCCCCAGAGCCGUCUCCUGAAGUUUUGCAGAAUGGACGGAUUGCACCAGAUGAGGUACUGGAUGAUACCCAAGGCCUGUCAGCAGUUGAGAUUGAGGAACGUGAGCAGAGCCGAGAGGCCCGUGCGCAGGCCACCAUCUUGGAAAUUGUGGGUGAUCUGCCUGAUGCAGAAAUGGCACCACCUGAGAAUGUCCUGUUUGUGUGUAAGCUGAACCCUGUCACCAGUGAUGAUGAUUUGGAGAUCAUCUUCAGUCGUUUUGGCAAAGUCAAGAGCUGUGAGGUGAUACGAGACAAGGUCAGUGGCGACUCACUGCAGUAUGCAUUUGUGGAAUUUGAGGACAAGAAGGCAUGCGAAGAUGCGUACUUCAAGAUGGACAAUGUGCUUAUUGAUGAUCGGCGCAUACAUGUUGACUUCAGCCAGAGCGUUGCUCGUCUUCGCUGGAAGGGCAGAGGUCGUGGUGUAGAGCAUAUACAAGAAAAGGCAGAAACAAAACAGGACAGAAGUGGCAGGAAAUACGAAAGAAGUUCAACCGUCCGAGUUGAUAGCUUGGAGGCGGAAAAUCGACAACAUAGCCAUGGAGAUGAUUGGACCAGCAGAGAAAAUGAAUUUGACAGAGACAAGAACAAUGCAUGUAAAAAAGGCAGGAGACUUGAUGACUAUAAGUGUGGUUCCAGACAGGAAGGAGAGAAAGACAAGAAGGCUGCAAGGAAUGAUGAGGAUUUUGUUUUGGGGUCUAGGGACAGCAAUGAAAAUGAAAGGAAAUCGAAGCAAAGCUAUGAGAGAAGUGGGGAAGGCCACAGAGGUGUGAAUAAAGAUGCAAAAAGUAGUAACAGGAAUGAUGAAGCUAAGAGAUUCCAGGAUGGUGGUAAGGAUCUGAAAGUGAAACAGGAUGCAAGUAAGAAGCACAGUAGUGAGGAAGGAAAGAAAAACAAGGACAUACAACAUACGCAUAGUAACGGGGAAGGAAAGACACAUACGGACAUCGAAAAAGUAAAGUGUGAAGAAUCGCAUAACAGGCAUAUCGUUGAAAAAGAUAAAAGAUGUAGAGUGACGAACAAAGAUGUAAGGAGUGGAGAAGAAAAAAGUAAGAAUAUAGACAAGAACAUAACAGUUAAGCACAACAGUGAGAAGAACAAGAAGUUAGCUAAACAAAUGGAAGAAGGCGGUAAGAAGCGUAAGGAUGCUAAAGAGAAACGUAAUCAGACAGUGAAGGAGAAGAGUGACAGAAAGAUGAGAGGGGAGAGUAUGACUAAGGAGACAAAGAAGCGGAAGCACUCCAGCUCAUCAUUUCAGAGCAGAAAGAAACAUAAGAGGUCACCAAGCAGUGACUCAGAAUCGUCCAGCUCCAUCAACUUUACCAGCAGUACCGAUUCAUCGUCUAGUGAAUCUUCCGAUGAGCAGAGCAAAGCCCGACACAAGAAACAUCACAAGAAGCCUUCGGUACUUGCUAAGAAGUCAAAGAAGAAGUUGAAACUGUCUAAGAAAAACACACGCAAGCGGAAAAAUGAUUCGGACACCGACAGCUCUUCUUUUGACAGUUCCGAUAGUAACCCCAGAGGCAGAAGUCGUAACAAGAGGAAACAAAGAACAAAAGGUGCGUCUUCAGAAGAGGACAGCAGUUCAGAACGUGAGGUGAAGAGGAAGAGGAGGAAGAAGAGGAAAAAGAAACCAAAGGUUAGUAUGAAGCGGAAAAGAAAAUCUUCUAGCUCUGAAGACUCGGAGACUGAUGACACGUCCAGUGACUCAGAGGAUCAAAAGCCCCCAAAGAAACGUCACAAGAAAGUGAUUAAAAAGCGCAAGAAGAAUCACACAACAAACAAGAAAUCUGUGCAAAGAAGUAAGAGUGAUGAAUCACACUCUGUUGACAGGAAGGUGAGGUCAUCCGCCAGUGAUUGAUUGUUUUGUUUAUUUUGUAAGUAUGGUGCUGGUCCACAUUUGUGCAUUCAAUUCAGUUUUUAAUUCACCAGGAAAAUUGAGCCAAGUUAUCUCCUAUCCUGAAGUGUGAGCACAAACUUAAUUUUCUAACAGAAAUUUGGCUGUUAUAUUAUUAAACAUUUCACAGAACACAUUUACUUGCAUAAUGUGUUCAUGUCUUCAUUCAAGACAAGUGUGGUAAGUGCACUGAAGGCCAAGAUAUUUGUUUUCUACAGUUCAUGUAAAUUUCUGUUUUCCUGUUGAGUUUUCCUUUACUGUCAUGUACAUAAUUUAUGCCAUAAAUUCAAUUUAUCCUAUUAUACACUCUUCUUUGAUUGUCAUAUUAAACAACGUAUUAGUUCUGA